UCGUAUGUAGUGAAUAUAUAAAAGCUUUUCCUCUGCCCUAUCUUCAUUUCGAGUUUAUUUGCCAUUGAGGAGUCGAGGCACCGAUCGUUUAGUUUCCGCGAUGGCCAGAUGGAGCAUUCUGCUGUUAAUUAUUUGCACUUUGAUUCUCGGUUAUGAAGGCGCCCCUGCACCUUUUGACCCACACGAAGACAGUUUAAGUCUAGAGUCAACAGUGGGUAAACAACUGAAAAAGCUAUUUCAAGAUGACGCAGUGUACGGACCUGUAGCAGGUGCCAAUGAAGAGGAGCCAGUUGUAAUUGUGAGACGAGAGAGAAGAAGCUUCUGGAAAAAAGUAGGAAAGGCGUUGAAAAAAGCCGGUGAUGCAGUGAAAAAAGCAGCAGAUGAUGUUUGGAAGGGAAUUAAAAAAAUUCCUCCUAUAAUUUGCCGUGUUCCUAAUAUUUGUUCCAUAUGAGUCAACGUCCAGCGUUAUAAUAUUAAUAAAAUAAAAUAAGUUCUUUUCCAAAUGUCAUUUCACAA